UUAGUGAGCGGUGGCUUUUCUGGAUGGAUCAAAAUACUGUAAAUUUCGUAACGCGAUUAAACGUGACAGAUUGGAUUCAUUAUGGUUGUUUGUAAAUAUUAUCAACAAGGCAAUUGUCGCUAUGGACAGUACUGUCAGUUCGAACAUAUAAAUACCUUCGGGGCCAAUAAUAACAAAGUUGAAUCUUAUAAUGACGACGAAUAUACGGCGGUCGCCGUUGCGAAAGAAGUACUCAGUGCUGAAAGAGGUGGACAAUGGUUGCUGUCGUGUUUUGCACCACUUAAACAUAGGCCAUGCAUUCCGGGCAUGGAAGAUCUUUCACCAGAAGAAGUGCGAUGGAAAAUGUAUCAAGCUCAAAAAAAUGGAAUGGUGGAACAAGCGAAAUUGCAUUUUCAACAACUAUGCCAAGACAUGAAAGCUAAACGAGAUGCCUUAAAAAAUCCUACUCGAGAGACAGUAGCAAUGCUGAAAGAACUUCAAGGAAAUGCUCGAAAAGGACUCCCCAGCAAUACCCCAUCUACCAAUGUUUUUGGGAAUAAAUCAUUCGUGAGCCAAAACAACCCAUUUGGCGGAGGUUUUGCUUCGCAAAAUACUACAUCGAUAUUUGGAAGAAAAAAUAACACCUCCAAUCCUGCAUUUGGUGGAACUCCAUCUUUUGGCACCAGUUUAGGUUGUUUUGGCAGUGUAACCAGUAGUAGUUCAGUGUUUGGCGGAACUACGAAUACCGCUGGUGUUACCACCUUCAGUUCAGGACAAAACGCGCAGUCUUUCGGAACGACUGGUUCAAUUUUUGGAGCGGGAACUCAGCAAUCUGUUUUUGGACAACCUAGCGUAUUUGGAGCAUCUGGUCAAGUAAACAACGUUUUCGCAAGACCCCAGACAUCGCAAUCAACGACAUCGGCAUUCAAUACUGGAGCAGCAUCCUCUUCGUCAAUAUUUAGCAGCGGCUCUGCCCCUCAGUCUAACGCGUCUCCAUUUGGUGGAGCCAAAACGACUACCGCUAAUCCAUUCGGUGCUACCUCGACGUUACAGACUGCGAACCCUCUCUUUGGAACAACACCGUCAACGGGAUCAUUCAGUUCUGGAAUAUUUUCCCAACCAAAAACGGUACCUGCUUUUGGAGGAGCACCUGUUUUCGGUAGCGGAGCGAACUUUGGAAACGCACCUGCGCCAUUGUUCAGCGAACAACCAACGUUCGGCGGUUCUAGCAAUAUCUUCGGCGGACCCAGUACUACGACACCGACCUUCAGCUCCGCUGCUCAAUCCGGAAAUGCUUUCGGUGCUCCUACAUCUACGCCUGCCGUGAAUUUAUUUGGAAGUGCUCAAAACCCUCCGCCUGCUAUAUCUACACCUAACGCAUCUCCGUUCAGUACAACCACCCCCACGAUCAACAGUCCUUUCGGAACAGGCACGCCUACGACCAGCAGCCCUUUCGGUGCAGCCACGCCUACGACCAGCAGUCCUUUCGGUGUAGCCACGUCUACGACCAGCAGUCCUUUCGCCACCGCAACAUCACAUUUUGAACCUACCAGUUCAACUGCUGCUGGUCCCUUUUCAAGACCCACGUUUGGCAUGACCACAGGAACUACUGGGGAUACUUUUGGUACUACCGUCACAUCUUCCACCGCUCCAUUCAGCACCGCUAAUACCGGAAUCCCGUUUGGCACUCCUAGUAACGCGGCUCCACUUUUUACGACGUCUACGUUCGGUGAUUUGAAGAGUUCACCGUUCGCUACCACGAAUACUACAGUUACGACUACAAACACAAAUCCGUUUGCACCAAGGACACAACAAACCACUUUACCGUUUGGCAAUUUCGUUCAAAACGAUCCAGCUAAUACGGUUACAGUGUCUACGGCCAGUCCGUUUGGAGCUACGAUGACAACGGCUGUUAUCGACGAUAGCGUAUACUCGAUAGAAGGUCAAUUAACGGAUGAUGAGAAGCAAAUGUAUUUAGCGGAGAAAUUUAUCUUUGGCAAGAUUCCGUUGAAGCCACCUACUAAAGACAUAAGGUAACUUAACGUUAUGAUCGGUCAGUGGAACAUAUAUGUGCUGUGAUACUUAUUUCCUAUGAAUGUACUACCCAAAUUCGCAACAUUGUAAUAGUAACAAAUAAUAUAUUUACCGUCAGUGCAGUUCAGUUUUCUAUAGAACUUCGUAAAAUGUUCUUUUUAUCGAACGAAUGCAAUGAGAACCACCAGAAACAUUCUAAUAAUAUAACAAAAUAUGUAAUAAAAACCAAGAUUCGUGUUAUAACAGCGUACUGUAGAUUCGUUCCUCACGCUCCAUUCUAUAAUGUGUCGCAAAAUCAAAUAUAUCAAAUAUGUAUAUAUAUCAAUCUCUUUUAAUUUAAUCAAUUACAUAGUUAUUUACAUA